AUGGCGGAAAUAUAUUUGGUGACAGGAAAUGAAAGCAAAAGGAUCGAAUUUUCAAAAAUGAUGAACGACGAAAUCAAGGUUCAGUUUGUCGACAUAGAUAUCGUCGAGAUUCAAACAAACGACAUUGUCGAAAUAAAUGAGAGCAAAGCAAAAACCGCAUAUGAAAUAUUAAAAAAAAAAAAAAACUUAGAACCAAACAAAAAAAUAAUUGUCAUAACAGAUGAUAUAGGUCUAUAUAUGGAUUGUUUUAAUGGUUUCCCAGGACCAUACGUAAAAUGGAUGCUAAAGGCUUUAGGCUGUGAAGGACUUGCAGAAGUGUCCCUUAAGCUCGGAAAUACUAAGUGUCAAGUUGUUUGUGUUUAUUCAGCAUAUGAUGGGGAAAAUAUGAGAUCAUUCAAGGGAACUACCCAAGGAUCUAUUAGUAGUCCUAAAGGAGCCAAUGGCUUUGGCUGGGAUACAAUUUUUAAACCCGAAAAUUUAGAUAAAACCUUUGGUGAAAUAACUUUUGAAGAUAAGAAAAAAUACUCUCCUCGUUUUAAGGCAUUUUACCAAUUAAAGGAAUUUUUAUUUGAAAAUCUAAAACAGAACAUAUAA